AUGGCAAAUCCUUUGGUCAUGCAGAAGACGGACCAAAAGACUGGUCGCAUUGUAGAAGGGACUUCGAAACGCGAGGCAUCGUCGCCGCCUGCUGGUCAGCCCGAUCAAAAACAGGCCAAAGCAGCUCCAACUCUGCCCCCAACGCGGGUGCUGUUGUUGAACAAUAUGGUUGGUGCUGGCGAUGUUGACGAGGACCUGGAAGAAGAGACAGCAGAGGAGGCGAGCAAGUAUGGCAAGCUAAAAAAGUGCGUGAUCAAGGAGUUGUCUGGUAGACCGGAUGACGAGGCUGUUCGAAUCUUCUUGGAGUAUGAGGAUGUUGCAAGUGCAACAAAGGCUUUCGCAGAUUUGAACGGUAGAUACUUUGGUGGAAGAACUGUGCGAGCUCGAUUCUUCGACGAAAAGCUCUUCGCCGAGGGGCAGUUUGAAGCAGGGUGA